AUGGUCAGAAGGCAUGCGGACCACCUGUUCAACCUGCGUAAGAAGAUAGACGAGUCUCUACGAGACUACCUGAGACGGUUCAAGGCUGAGAAGGCUAACAUCAUAGGAUGCAAUGACCAAGUUGCAUCCUCAGCUUUCAAGAAGGGCUUGCCAACCGAGCACGAGCUAUACCGGGAGCUGGCCAUAACUCCAAGUCAAACCUUAGCAGAAGUGUUCGCGACAGCAGAGCGCUACGCACUUUGGGACGAUGAUCGUAUCAUCGCAAAGAAAGCUAGCAAGCAAGUUGACCACCCGACGAAGCAGGCAAGCCAAAAGAGCAACAAGUUCGAGCAAAAAGCCAGAGAUAAGCGCAGAUCACGGCCCCAAGAUGGAAACUCAGAAACAGGGACCUUCACUGAGUUCGCUAUCCCAAUCCACCAGAUCCUAGCUCAGGUGAAGGAUAAGCCGUGGGUGAGGAGACCAUCACUUAUGAAGGGAGACCCCUCUAAGAGGGACACCAGUAAAUACUGCGCAUUCCACGGGGAGCAUGGUCAUUACACCAACAACUGCAAUGCUUGGAAAAGGCACCUUGAGGAGCUAGUCAGAGAAGGCUAUUGCACAGAGUUCGUUGCAAAGAAGGCCAUCCAGCAAAUCGAGGAUCGUGAUGCAGCUGCCAAGGAACCUCCCCAAAAGGUCAUUCGAAUCAACACCAUUCUAGCCAACUCCCAAAAGUCCGGGCUGACCACCAAGUCAUAA